AUGUUAACCGCUCCUAACAAAAAUAACCGUCCGUUGUUUGCAGCUAAAGAUAUCAAACCCUUUUAUCUCGAGCACUCCUCUAGAAUUUUUCCUCAAAAGAAUGGCUUGCUGGGAUUGGUCGAAAAACUAUUGAAAUCUAUAGUCGGACCAAAGUAUGAUGGAGAGUACCUGCACAAAGUUAUCAGGGAAAAACUAGGCAAGACUCGACUGGAUGAGACAUUAACUAAUGUUGUCAUUCCAACAUUUAACAUUGAGAAUUUGCAACCUAUUGUUUUCUCCACAUAUCAGGCCAUGAGGACGCCAUCGUUGGACGCUCGACUCUCAGAUAUAUGCAUUGGCACAUCUGCAGCUCCAACUUAUCUUCCUGCAUAUUAUUUCAAGAACCAGAUUAGACAAGGUUAUGUACGAGAGUUCAACCUCGUAGACGGUGGAGUUGCUGCCAAUAAUCCGAGGGCUUCAUCCUCAGUUCAGAUACAACCCCCUACUUAUGGAAAUCUGAUCACAAUUCUGAGCAUUGAUGGGGGUGGUAUUAGAGGAAUUAUUCCUGCCACUAUCCUUGAAUAUCUUGAAUCUCAACUUCAGGUGCUUGACGGUGAGGAUGCUAGACUUGCAGAUUACUUUGACGUAAUUGCAGGAACGAGCACGGGAGGUUUAGUAACUGCCAUUGGCUUGCUGGGAUUGGCCGGAAAACUAUUGAAAUCUAUAAUCGGACCAAUGUAUGAUGGAGAGUACCUUCACAAAGUUAUCAGGGAAAAACUAGGCAAGACUCGACUCGAUGAGACAUUAACUAAUGUUGUCAUUCCAACAUUUAACAUCGAAAAUUUGCAACCUAUUGUUUUCUCAACAUAUCAGGCCAUGAUGACGCCAUCGUUGGACGCUCAACUCUCAGAUAUAUGCAUUGGCACAUCUGCAGCUCCAACUUAUCUUCCUGCAUAUUAUUUCAAGAACCAGAUUAGACAAGGUUAUGUACGAGAGUUCAACCUCGUAGAUGGUGGUGUUGCUGCCAAUAAUCCGGCAUUAGUUGCCAUCAACCAAAUUACGAAACAGAUUUUGGAUGGAAACCCAGAUUUCUUCCCAAUUAAGCCUAUGGAUUAUGGACGCUUUUUAGUCAUCUCAGUGGGCACUGGCUCGUCAAAGGCACAGCAGAAAUACAGUGCUCAAAAGGCAGCCAAAUGGGGAGAUUUAGGAUGGUAG